AUGGUACAUUGCCUCGUCAAUCCAUGCUCUAUAUCAAAAUGUCCAGGAGAUAAAAAAGCAACGUGCAUCGCUGACUGUUGCGGUGGAUGCAAUGCUCUUUGGUUCGGUGUUGAUGGCAGAGAAGCAAAAUGCAAUGAAAAACCUGCUUGUCCAAACGGUCAGGAGAAAGUUCAAUGUCUGAAAGAUCCAUGUCAAGGAGCAACAUGUCCAGCAUAUCCUAAGGCAACAUGUGUCUCGAACAAUUGUGGAAGCUGCAAAGCUCAAUGGUAUAAAGCUGAUGGUACUCCAGUGAACUGUAUUAAAUCAUUGCCAUGUUCACCUAGGCAGACUCAAGUUAAAUGUCUGAAAGAUCCAUGUCAAGGAGCGACUUGUCCCGCGUGUCCUACCGCUAAAUGUGUCUCAAACUAUUGCGGUGGAUGCCAUGCUCUAUGGUAUAAAGCUGAUGGUACCCCAGCAAACUGUGCUAAAUCAUCUCCAUGUCCACCUGGUCAGGAUGAAGUUCAAUGUAAGAAAGAUCCAUGUGAAGGAGCAACAUGUCCGGCAUAUCCUACCGCUAAAUGUGUCUCAAACUAUUGCGGUGGAUGCAAUGCUCUUUGGUACAAAGUUGAUGGUACCUCAGCAAGCUGUGCUAAAUCAUCGCCAUGUCCACCUGGUCAGGAUGAAGUUCAUUGUACGAUAGAUCCAUGUGAAGGAGCAACAUGUCCAGCAUAUCCUGAGGCUAUAUGUAUCUCGAACUAUUGUGGUGGAUGCAAUGCUCUAUGGUAUAAAGCUGAUGGUACCCCUGUAAACUGUACUAAAUCAUCUCCAUGUCCACCUGGUCAGGAGGAAGUUGAAUGUACGAUAGAUCCAUGUGAAGGAGCAACAUGUCCAGCACAUCCUACCGCAAAAUGUGUCUCAAACUAUUGCGGUGGAUGCAAUGCUCUUUGGUACAAAGCUGAUGGUACCGCAGUAGACUGUACUAAAUCAUCUCCAUGUCCACCUGGUCAGGAUGAAGUUCAUUGUACGAUAGAUCCAUGUGAGUCAGCAACAUGUCCAGCAUAUCCUGACGCUACAUGUGUCUCGAACUAUUGCGGUGGAUGUAAUGCGCUUUGGUAUAAAGCUGAUGGUACUUCAGUAAACUGCACUAAAUCAUCUCCAUGCCCACCUGGUCAGGAUGAAGUUGAAUGUGCGAUAGAUCCAUGUGAAUCAGCAACAUGUCCAGCAUAUCCUGACGCUACAUGCGUCUCGAACUAUUGCGGUGGAUGUAAUGCUCUAUGGUAUAAAGCUGAUGGUACUUCAGUAAACUGCACUAAAUCAUCUCCAUGCCCACCUGGUCAGGAUGAAGUUGAAUGUGCGAUAGAUCCAUGUGAGUCAGCAACAUGUUCAGCAUAUCCUGACGCUACAUGUGUCUCGAACUAUUGCGGUGGAUGUAAUACUCUUUGGUAUAAAGCUGAUGGUACUUCAGUAAACUGUACUAAAUCAUCGCCAUGUCCACCUGGUCAGGAUGAAGUUGAAUGUGCAAUAGAUCCAUGUGAAGAAGCCACAUGUGCAGCAUAUCCUGAGGCUACAUGUGUCUCGAAGUAUUGUGGUGGAUGCAAUGCUCUUUGGUAUAAAGCUGAUGGUACUGCAGUAGACUGUACUAAGUCAUCGCCAUGUCCACCUGGUCAGGAUAAAGUUGAAUGUGCGAUAGAUCCAUGUGAAGAAGCAACAUGUCCAGCAUAUCCUGACGCUGAAUGUGUCUCGAACUAUUGUGGAGGCUGCAAUGCUGAAUGGGUCACAUCUAGUGGAGAAGAAGUAGAAUGUGACACUACUUAUUAA